AUGGUAACGGGAAUUCACAUCCCAGAGGAGGAAAUACUUGUGGACAUCCUCACCAGACUUCCUGUGAAGUCUUUUUUGCGUUUCAAAUGUGUCUCGGAAUGUUGGAAGGCAUUAAUCUCCGAUCUAUAUUUUAAGAGGAAGCAUCUCAAUCAUGCCAAGAACAAACUCAAUUUUCAAAAAUUCCUUUUUGACGCCCUCUCUCCGGAAUAUUCUUGGAAUGAGCCUUCGAUGCUCUCGCUAUGGAACCCCUCCACAUCAGAAUCAAUGGUACUUCCCUGUUUAGGAUCUCCGCUACAGGAGGGCAUGGCACCAGAUGAAAUUCUCGCACUGAAAAGUGGUUCGUGGAGAAAGAUUGAUCAGCCCUCAAUUAGGAGGGACAGUGAUGGCUUUACGAUGGUAGGGAAUGUUUGGCAUUUGUUCAUGGAGCGUUUCAUUGGCUUG